GUUAGUUGUAAUGUCUGAUGACCGUGUCCUUCAACAUAUUCUUAAUCCUUCCGCACCUCUCUCAACAGAAGAAAGCAAAAUACCAGACAGUGAUCCAGUUCCACAAACAGAUCAGGAGAAGAAUGCAGAUAGACUGAGAUUGGAAGCUAUCAAGUUGGCUGAACAGAAUAGUUUUCCUGAAGCUAUGAAACUUUUUGGCGACGCGAUUGCACUUGCUCCAACAAUGGCAUCCUUGUAUAAUGACAGAGCUCAGUUGUCACGACUUGCGGGAGAAAAUGAGAUGGCACUUGAUGAUAUCAACAAAGCUAUUCAAUUCAGUAAUAGCAAGGGAAAAACUGCAGUCCAGGCAUACACACAAAGAGCUAUGCUACAUAUGCUGAACAAAGAUGAAGAGAGUGCCAGACUCGAUUUUGAGAGAGCCAGUUUUCUUGGUGGAAAAUUUGCUGCAAGUCAGGCCGCGAAACUUAAUCCCUAUGCAAAAUUGUGCAAUCAGAUGCUCAGUAAAGCCAUGGAUCAGUUACAAUGAUGUAAUUAUUUGAGUAAUUCAACUGAACCCACUGCUUUUUGCAUCAUAUCAUAUUAGUCCAUCAUAACUUAAAACCAUUACCAGAAAGUUCAUUGGCCAAUAUCUUAGGUUUACUUAUUUUUCAAGAUAAAGCAAUAUUCAAAAAAUCCUAGGUGUUUUUGUUUUUAAGUAUUUUUGAAUGUUUUACAAAUUUGGACUUGAGACUGUGUUUGUGAUGUUUUACUAUGUAAAUUGUAUUUCGUAAAUUAUUUUAGCUUCAAAAAACUGAGCAGUAAACAAUAUUUAUA